AUGACCGAGAUCUCCACGUACAGCAUCGCCACGUUCGCGGCUGGCUGCUUCUGGGCAGUACAACGCGCAUUCGACCGAGUACCGGGCGUCAUUGAGACGUCCCAAGGUGACCUGCUCAAGGUUUUCUGGGCCAUUCACGAUCCCACGUCACUCAACCGCCAGGAAGACGACGUUGGUACGCAGUAUCGCUCGGGCAUCUAUUACCAGAAUGAGGAGCAGCACAAGAUCGCGCUGACGUCCAAGGAGGAGCACCAAAAGACACUGAUCAAGCCAAUUGUUACGGAAAUCGAGGAGGCCAAAGAGUUCUGGGACGCCGAGGAAGCUCAUCAGAAGUACCUGGAGAAGGGCGGAAGUUGCUCGGACAAGGGCUCCGACGUCCAGUGUGGCGCCUAA